CUUGAAUUAUUAGGGUCAGCGAGCUCUUGUGAGGGCUCUGAACUCUUCCGUUGACUCGCGCUCUUCAGCUCUCAAGGAAAAGGGGCCGACUCUGCAUAGACAAAUGACGUAGCAACUUAUGAAUAAGACAACUUGACCUUACCAGGUUGGUCUUCAACAACGAAAUCGCGCAAGCGACAGCAGCUGCGCCCAAAUAAACAGACAGAGACUUCGGUGCACACGCUGCGCCCAACCAUGGACCUCGAGGACUUUGAUGACGACUCAUCGCUGACGCCAGCGCAGCUCAUCGCCAAGCAAAAGCAAGCCUUCGGCGGCGAUUCCGACCUCAACUCUGCGUGGCGUGGGGGUGCACAGCCAACGCGGCCAGCACGAAGGGAUGACGACUUCCGUAUCCCUGCAGCAGGCAACACAGCGGGGCGGGCCAACUUUGGCCCGGGCGGGGCUCUGGGCAACCCCGGAAAGCUGGCGGGCGAGCUGCAGCAGCUGGACCUGGGUGGCGGCCGGGGCGGCGUGGAGGACUUUGGGCUGGCGGCUGAGACGGCGCCGGUGACGCGGAGCGCGCUGCCGCCGCCAAGUGCCCGGGUGGGCAGCCUGCAGCCGCUGGGCGGCCCCGGCGCCCCGCGGCCUGGCGCCCUCGCCCCCUCGCCACUGCGGCCACUGCCUGCUCCGCUCCAACCGCCGGCACCGCCUGCCGACGCGGGCGCCUUCGGCCUCGCCGCCGAGACCGCCCAGGCAGCAGCCGCGGAUGCGCUGCCACCGCCGCUGGGCCCGGGCCUAGGGCCGCAGCUCGCGCCGCUGCUACCGCCCGCGCCACCGGUUCCGGCUCCACUGACGCAACCGCAGGCGGCUGGUGGCUUCGGGCUUUCCGCUGAGGUGCAGGCGGAGUCAGCACGGGCGCCACCGCUUGGCUUUGGCGCAGCGCCAGCGCCUCUGGGUGCCGCACCGCCCGCACCGCAGCCGCUGCAGCCCUCCUACGGCCUGGCCAGUGACGUGCAGGCUGCGGCCGCGGGGGGCCUGCUGGGUGCAGCCGCUCAACAGCAGCAGCAGCUGCAGCAACAGCAACAAAUGCAGCAGCUGCAGCAACAGCAGUACGAGCAACAGCAGCAGUACCAGCAACAGCAACAGCAACUGCAGCAGCAGCAAUACCAGCAACAACAACAGCAACUGCAGUACCAGCAACAACAACAGGAACUGCAGCAGCAGCAGCAGCAGCAGUACCAGCACCAACAGCAGCAGCAGUACCAGCACCAACAGCAGCAGCAGUACCAGCAGCAACUGCAGCAACAACAGCAGCAGUACCAGCAGCAGGCCGGGCCGCAGCUGCAGCCGCCGCCGCCCGGGCAGUACGGGCUGGCGGCGGAGGUCACGGCGGCGGCGCCGCAGCUGCUGACGCAGCACAUGGACCCGGCGACUGACCCCUACAUGCAGGCUGCGAUGCUACAGGCGCAACAGGGCACGCCGCAAGGCCAGCUGCACUCGCCGGCCUGGAACCAGCCGUUUGCUGACACGUUCAGCCUGGAGCAGCUGCCGCCCGACCAGCGCUGGCUGCACCUGCAAGCGCGGCAGGCCGAGCGCAUCAUCACGCAGCUGUACGCGCAGGGCACACAGCCCAAGGUGGUGGACAUCAAGGACGUGCGCGAGAAGCUGCUGGACAGCACCUGCCCGCCGCGCCUGGCCUACGUGGCGGCGGUGGAGCAGGCUGUGCAGCCGGACGGCCGCCUCCCGCCCAACUGCCGGCCCUCGCUGCUGCAGACCAAACUCAAGAACGGCCAGAACAGGCUGCGCAAGCUGCUGGAGCCCACCAUCGAGCCGGGCUCCCAGGGCUUUGUGGACCUGGCCUACAACGCACAGGGCGCCCUGCAGCCCGAGGCCAGCCGCGUGUGGUCCUUCGGCCUGUCGCUGGUGCAGGCAGACGGCGUGGGCAAGUCAGGGCUGCAGCGUGUGCGUGCGCCCUGCCUGUACAUCGCCCGCAUCGCGCUGUUCGACCGCCGCGCCAACCGCUUCCUGGGCAACGUGCUGGGCGUGCGGCCCGAGUCCGUGGGCAACUACGACAAGCGCUGGGUGUUUAACCCCGACGAGCGCGUCAUCGUGCGCUGCGGCUGCGUGCAGUCCGACCCCCAGGCCGGCACUCGGCUGGUGACGGACGACGCGCUGAGCCUGUACAUCGAGUUCAACACCUCCUACCGGCUGACCGUGGAGGACACAGUCAACAUGCCGCAGAGCGAGGAGCGGUGCUCCCAGCUGCUUGACGAGAUCAACACGUGCUGGGCCAUGGUGAGCUUCAAGAAGUGCGCGCAGCUGCAGCGCGAGGUGGCCAUCAGCGUGCCGCUGCACCACGGCUCCAUCUACGACCCGCAGGACAUGGACGCAUUCUAUGCAGAGAAGCGCAGCAAGACGCCGUUCCGCUCCGCCUUCAAGGGCCGCGAGAACCCGGUGCUGCAGUUCAGGGUGGGGCCGCUGGCAGCAGGCAAGCCGCCGCUGGUGCCGUACGCCUACAUGCCCCCCACCAUGCUGGGCACCUCGGACCUGGCCACCGCGCUGGGCGCCUACCGCAUGAGCCUGGCGCUGACGCUGGGCCGCCAGGCGGGCCCCUUCGCCGCCGCCGCCGACCCGGUGCUGGCUGGCUUCCCGCCGCUGCUGGGCGACCACCACCUGCUGGCGGAGUUCCUGACCCGCUGGCGCGACAUCAGCACCAAGAUGACGGCGCUGCUGGACACGGGCUGCUGCGGCCCCGACGUGAUGCCGCCGCUGCCGGCGCUGGUGGAGGCGUUCCGCCGCUGCGUCAUCGAGCUGGCGCCGCUGGCGCACUGCCCCACCAUUCCCUCCCGCCACAUCAACAACUUCGUGGAGUACCAGGGCCACCGGCUGCGCAUGGUGCAGCGCUACUGCCACGUGAUGGACCCCGGCUCCAACAAGAUCCUGGGCGCCCGCCACCCCGUGGAGCCGCUCAGCCACGCCGGCUUCGAGUUCCUGUUCACGCCCUUUGAUGUGUCCGAGGUGCGCGUGUGCAUGGCCGACCGCCUGGAGCACCCGGAGCCCUUCUUCAGGCGCUCAUAGCGGGGCGGCGAACGGAGGCCGGAGGCCAGGGAGCGGCGGGCCAGGGCGGAGGGUCCCGAGGUGGAAGAGGAAGUUGCGGUCUGACUCUUACAGCGGCGCUGCCAGGCGGGCCCUCGACACGUGGGCCGCUGCAGGCGCAUGGCGCGUGGUAGGCAACAUGUACAUGACAUGAAGGUAUUACUUACCGCACUUUGAGGACUGAAGUGCCGGCCAGUGCCAGUCAGGCGUGCCGUAGAGAGAGACCCGGCUUUCCUAGCAUCUUACGCGCGCAUGCCCGCGCAACUGUAUGGUGGAAAGCAAAGGAAGGAACGACGAAGACCAACUGUGUGCAUUUACCAAGGGCUGUGGGACAUGCAACCCGACAGCGGCCGGGGCGUGUCAACUGUAGCGGUGGUGCCGUGGUGGUCAGAUGGUGUGAGGCCCCAACGCUGCUGAGCUACUCGUCCUCCAGGCGAUUGCUUUUGUAUACUUGCCCAAAUUGUGCAGAACCAUUCGCGUGUAAGGUUGUCACCGA